AUAAAACUUCACACAAUGAUUUACAACACUGCAUUUUGCACCAUUACACUAUUAGACCAAUUUAAUGUGUUGAAUUUACAAUAGCAGCUGUCAUUGAAUGGUUUGGUUGUCUGCACAGCAGCAGGUUGUGUGGAUCUUAAGAGACAUUCAUUCAAUCAACCAACCAAUCAGUCAGUCAGUCAACCAAACCAACCAUUGGAUUUUACUGUAAACAACUGUCAAAAGCACAUCAGUUACACAUAAUAAUAGCUUUAUUGCCAUACAGAUUUGAUAUACAAUGAUGGGUGUGUCGAGGAAGGUGAGGAAUGAGGAUCUAAAUGCAGCUUUAAUAAAACAAAGAUAAACAAAUAACUCAGAAUAAAAGAAAACAAAAACACAGGGAACCAUGCACAGAGCAUCAAACAAAAAAUGCGAAGACUGACAAAGAAAACAGGGAAAACAAGGGCUUAAAUACACAGGGGCAAACAAGGGAACAAGGAACACUUGGGGAAACAAUCAGGGGAAAACCAAUCAUAAAAUGAAACUACAAAGGACUACAAAACUAACAGGAAACAGGAACGGGGAAGGCACAAGGGGUGAAGCCAAGGAAGGCAGAGCCGUGGGAGGCUCGAGACAAAGAGUUCUGGAUGACUAGGAAACGACCUCUGUGGUCGUGAACACUGGCAGAGACUCAGGAACGACCUCUGUGGUCGUAAACACUGGCUGAGACUCGGAGACAGACCGUGAUCGUGAGCAUGGGCAGAGACUCAGGAACGACCUCUGUGGUUGUGAGCAUGGGCAGAGACUCGGAGACGGCCUCUGUGGUCGUGAGCAUGGACAGAGACUCGGGUAUGGCCUCUGUGGUCGUGAGCAUGGGCAGAGACUCUGGAACGACCUCUGUGGUCGUGAACACUGGCAGAGACUCGGGAAUGACCUCUGUGGUCGUGAACACUGGCAGAGACUCGGGAACGACCUCUGUGGUCGUGAACACUGGCAGAGACUCGGGAACGACCUCUGUGGUCGUGAACACUGGCAGAGACUCGGGAACGAACUCCGUGGUCGUGGGCAUGGGCGGAGACUGGGGAACGACCUCCGUGGUCGUGUACAUGGGAAGAGACUUGGGAACGACCUCUGUGGUCGUGAACAUGGGCAGAGACUGGGAAACGACCUCCGUGGUCGUGUAUAUGGGCGGAGACUCGGGAACGACCUCUGUGGUCGUGGGCAUGGGCGGAGACUCGGGAACGGCCUCUGUGGUCGUGGGCAUGGGCGGAGACUCGGGAACGGCCUCUGUGGUCGUGGGCAUAGACUCGGGAAUGACCUUCGUGAUUGUGAACAUGGGCAGAGACUGGGAAAUGACCUCUGUGUUCAUGUACACGGGAAGAGACUUGGGAAUAGAAGCCUUUCUUCUCCUCCUCCGGAUGGCCAAAGUUGGCAACGCUUGCUCUGAGACGGACGAGGGUGGCAACGCAGAAUCAAAACUAAAGAUGUCUGAUCACAAAUGAAUCGCUCAUUUGAGUUGGUUCUUUACAAUGAAUUGGUCACACAUGAUAGGAAAGCGGUCUGAAUCGGAUAGCAAUUUAAUCUGAAUGACUCAGAAAGCUUGCUGAAUCAUUUUGCGCACGCUCUCACUUGGCAACAAACUCAUGGAAUAUUUUAUAACAUGGCAAAUAAAGAUAACGCUGGUUUCAGUGGCUCUACAAUCAAUCAAUGGAUACCAAACCUGCAAAUACAACCUGGCGUUUGCCAGUGAUGAAGAAAGUCUUUAUUAAGUUCAAUACAUGUGCAACUUGUGAACGACUUCUGCAGAGAAGGAGUGCGUGGCCGGGCCAAGAGGAUGCACGCCCGGUGCUGAGAUGCCCAAUCAGCAGGAGAGAGAUAAAAGGAGGAUCCGGGGACACCAAAGAG